CGCAAACAUACUCUGCAGUUGCGGGUCAAGAAGACAUUAGACAUCUUUGAUUUGUCGGGAUUGUGGUCUCCUGCCUCCACCUUUAGGGGCGAACGUGUCUCGGGUGACAAUUACAGACACCAGUGUCCAGGUGCGGGUGAGCCCGGCCAGGAGGCAGGAACUGUCGUCACGGCGCCAGGAGCCGGGGGAAGGAACCAGGCUCGGACGGCCGUCUCCUAGCAACCGGCCAACGCUAGGAGCAUGGCGGCAGACAGAGACAUCAAGCCCGCGUUUACUUUCAGGCAUCUGAGCAACAAGAAGAUGAACUUCAUGCAGGAGAGAAAAAACAGCGAUCUUCUGGCGAAAUGGUCAAUGCAGGGUAGGAUCAUAGUCCAAGCUUUCAGUUUUGAUGAAUACUUUCAGCCUUAUGAUAAAGAUACAUUUGUACAGGCAUUUUUCAAGGAUCUCAAUGUUGUGGCCAAUCUUAAAAUGAUCUCGCCUUCAACUUGUGAAUGGACAACUCUAGCAGGAGUAGAAGUUAAGAAAGUAGAAGCAGAGGAAAUUCCCUGCAAGCAAGUUUCAAUGUCGUUUUUUGACUGUUUGUACACUAAUGAGAUUAUACGAGAAACGGGGCACAUUAAUAAAUGUCUGGAUGAAUUCUAUGAGGAUUUUGUUAUUGCUGAUCGGCUUCGACAGGUAUUACUGUUGGAAGACUCUGACAAUUAUCAAAUAUUCAGUGAUACAGAACGCAAGGAAUUUAUCUUCCGCCUCUUCAAACAUUUCUGCUUGGGGGGAAUGCUCUGUCAAUUUGAAGAUACGAUUGACCCUUAUCUAGAAAUCACCAAGGCAGUUUACAAGGAAAUAGUCAGUGUACAGAAAGAUCCUGAAACUAAAGGAAUACGUGUCAUCUCUACAGUGUGGAAGGUUACUGCUAGUGAUGAUUAUGGCACAUGUUAUCCUUCCACCAAGAAGCAUGAACAGACGUUUGCUUAUUUGAUCGUGGAUCCCAUAAAGCGCCAUGUACAUGUACUAUACCACUGCUUUGGAGGAAGGUUAUUCUGCAAUUAAUGGUGUACCUUUGGUGAAAUAUGAGUACAGAUUGAUAAUUUAGCUGAGGAUGCUCUAAGAAGACAGUAGUAUGUAAUAUGAGGAGAAAAACAAAGGAUUAAUUUUUCCACAAUUUGAAACUUUCAUUCUUUCUAAUUACAAUUGGAAUUUUCAGUAAAGUGAAGUGACAACGCAUUCAAAGAUUCCUGCAAGCACAGUUGUUAAUUUUGUCCAGUUUUCUUAGUCUAUCUUUUUUCAUGUUUGUUUUACAAUAAUUUUUAAAAUAUAUAAUCUGGAAUACUGUACAUUAGUAAUUAUAGGUAUGCUGUAACUAUUUUUUCUGCUCUUAUUAUGUAAAUGUAACUCAGAUUUACUCUUCAAGACUUUCAACAUGAUUGAUAUAUUUUGUCUUUGUUAUCACAUCAAUUUGCAUUUAUUGCUUAAUAAAGGUAUAAGAAAUAGAUGUGAAUUUUGCAUGCCUGCAUUAAUUUAGAUUUUUGAACCUUAUUUUAAUAAGU